AUGGCAGUGAGACAACAGCCACAUCAGAAGAAGUAUAAGCUGAGCACUGGCUGUGUUAAUGUGUCCCAUUUUCAUAAACCUGGUAACAGGGUGCACACAAAGGCUAUAGCUCAAGAAGCAUGUGACAGUUGGCGAAAAAGGGGAAACGAGGUUUAUAAGAGUGGAGAUUUAUCAGAAGCUGAAAAAUCGUGCAACUAUACACAUGGCUCUUGGAAGAAUGAGGUAAAAUGUCUAAACGACUGUAGAAUGGCUGCUACAUUAGAUCCCAAUUUCAUGAAGGUCAAUAAGCUCCUAUUCACAGUUUACAACACUGCACUUUUCAUUUAUGCUCUUACAAGAUUUGUUGUAAGUCCUUUAAUCCCAAGAAACUGA